AUGCUCCCAGAAUCCGACGAUUCCGCGCCUCACCCUUCUCAUCGUCGUGAAAGGAGCCCCGACGCCGAGGUAGCCCAGCGUGCUAACGUCGUCGCAAACGAGCCCAAGGCGUCUGUGCCUGACCCCGCCAAUGCGGCGUCCGAGAAGGAAGCGAGCGCACCCCAGGUCAACGAGUCCUCGAACCAAGCGGGCACGAACUCAACAGUCCCGGACGCACCUCCAAAGCCAAAGAAACAGAAGAAACCACGUACUAACUGGCAGGAGCUGGGCCUGGUGGAGCUCUUGCAGUCUCACAUGGCAGGGUGGAACGCUUCCGGCGAUGAUACUCAACGCAGGAAGGCGUUCUUGGACAAAGUCGUCGCCGAGAUCGCAGCCUCGGGGAAGUGGAAGCCCAAGAAUCCAACGAAUCUUCGCGCGGUUACUCGUACAUGGUUCAAGAACCACAAGAACGACACCCAUGACUCUGGCUCUGAGUCUGAAGACGAUGUCCCCGACAACGACAAUGCCACCCAGAAGUCAAUAUUCUCCAAGAGAGCGAAAGGACCUUCCGAACGCUGGGCUGAAGUCCCCGAGAACAAGGCUCGCAUCCUGCAGUACAUGGAUCCAACGAAGGGAGCUGGCCAGGGUGGGCGGAUUGCGGCGAUGCGUAAAAGGUUGUACGACGAGCUGCCGCAGGAGGAGAAAGACUACUGGGAGAGUCUCCCCCCACCCGAACAGACCCCUGACGAAGUCGAGGCUGACAUGGCAGAGAACCGUAAAAAGCUCCCGGACACGCUGUCGGAGAUGCUGCGCAGCCUCAUUGGUGUCGGUCCACACCGAAUAGGUAACACUAUCUUUUUCGUGCGGUGGGCCAUUAUGCCAGCCGAUGGGGAACUCGACACAAUGCAAUUCUAUGUCGGUGAUGAACCAGACGGAGAGAGCUUUAUAGAUUAUGCCGGUGGUCUCAUGGCGGAGAACACACAGUGGGUCGGCUAUUCCCAAAAAGCCCUCCGGGUGGGACAUGGGAUCACGUACGUCAACGGUCGCCCCAUGCUCCCGGAGAGUCGGCCGGAGUGGAACGGAAUCAACAUGAUAGAAGUACUACAGGAGUACUUCCGAGCCGCCUGGCAUUAUGCCCAUCAAGGUGUCGACGAGGUGCCCGUGCUCACUGCGGCAUCAAUAUCCGAGCGCCUCGCGCAUUUGGGAUGGCCGACCCCGGAUCUCAGCCAGGCGACGGGUGCAACCGUCGAGCAAGUCUUCCCGUUGUGGAUCAAGAUCCGUUCUACGCAAGAUACGGACGCCGCCUUCACGUUCGCGCCCAAGGACGCGGUCAAUCUGAGUGAUGAGGUGAUGAUCGCGAGCGUGAAUGCAGCCAGGGACCCCGUCAAUCCUGCGAACAACACGCGCCGAAAUGCAGACGGACGCUCAAUCACAAGAAGGGCGAGCAGAGCCCGUGUCGUGGAAUCCACUGACGACGAAAAGGACGACGACGAGGGCAUGGAUUCUACGUCGGUACGACUGAGCCGGGCGGCGAGUCGCAUCGACGGCAUCUCAGAGCCGGACGACGAGACGACGAGCGGUGCAGCUGCUGACGUUGACGCAGGCGGCGACGACAAGGUCAUGGACGACACCGCGGGUGGUGAGGUUGCCGACGAGGGUUCGGCUCGCAACGGCGCAGGAUCCAAAGGCAAGGAUGGCCCAGCUCGGCGCGCCAAGCAAAAGAAUAACCAGGAGGACGAGAAUGCAGAACCCAGGAAGAAGCGCAAGAUGAAGGGAGGGGAUGAUGGAAAGGCUAAGGGCACGCAGGAGGUCGCUGAUGAACCAAGACAACCUCGCGUACGUAAACCCUCGUCUAAAGCAGCGGAGGCGGCGGCGACGGGCAUAUCGACCACGCGGUCGUCGGCGGGCUCAUCGCGCGCAACGCGCCCCAAGAGUAAUACAACGGCAACAUCGAAGUCUACUGCCCGGAAGGCUGUGCAGAGGUCUUGA